AUGCCUCGCAUUCACAGCCCUUCACCACCUGGCCUUACCCACUUCACAACCAGCCACAACCCCAACCACUCACCCCAAGUACCCAUGCAAGAAAGACAGCAAUGGUCUCCAAUUUUCCCACUGCAAGAGCUGGGAAAACAGCGAUCUACCUUUCGUGUUACACCAGGCUUCAGCAGCGCCGCUCACCUGGCCACGUCUGCCCUGUUCAUCGCUGUACCCGCAGAUACCCGGCUCCGUGCCACGCACGAAUGGUCAGGGGUAUGGGACAAAGAAGCGGCUCCACAUUGGGCGGCUUCUGAGAGUCACGGGGACCGCGCCGCCUGCUGCCGCGAAGAAGCGCGGUCCGGGCCAGCAUCGGCCACCCGAGCUCCGGCCGCGCCUCCCUCCGCGCCCCGGCCCACUCGCAGUGGCACUCGGCCCCGAAGCCGGACACCUCUACUGCCAGUUAAAGCAAAAACAAUGGCCGAGCCGGAAGCGAAAGAGGCCUCGACUUCCGCCCCCUCCGGGAUCCCGGAAGUCUCCGCGAAGGUGGGCGCGCGCGUCCCCGCACCCGGGAGAGCUGGCAGGGCUUUCUUCUCGGCUGUUCCCGGCCACCUGCUGCGGGCGGGGGCGGGGUCUCGCGAGGGCUCAGGUCACUCACAUCCCGCUCUCAGGACAUAGUCGGAGAAUCCAGACGCGUCCCAGCUCUACCCCCUCUUCUCCAGGUGUCCUUGGGAAAGAUACCCAACCUCCAAGCCUGUUUUCUCAUCUGAAAAAAUGCAGAGCAUAAUGCGUACCUCACAGGGCUGGGAGCACCAAACGAGGUAACAGACACUAUACAGCAAAAGGCCUGGCAUAUCCUGAGCAGUCAGUUAUACCAUGUGUGAUGCCCAAUCUGAAGUCUCAGUGAAGGGAGCAGCAAGCAUCUCCCAUCUUAAAAAUGAAGAAGCAUGUCUAGAAAUUGUGAUAUUUUGGCCCAUAAAUGUGGUUAAUAUUUCCUAAGAUAGCACCAGUAUUCUGGUGUCCAUGUAGAGGUUCCUAGGGAGACCAAGGAGCAGGUGUGGGGACAGUUUGUAACCUAGGAGGCAGUUGUCUAGCCUCUGGGUGGCAGAUGGUACCCAGGUGAACUUCACUUUGAAGAAUGGUUUACUACAGAAGUAGGAUAUGAACAGGUCCUUGUUACAAACACGAUUGAGCAGACCCUGUGUACUAAUGACCAUGGGUGAAGGGCAAAGGGUAUGAUGAGGUUAACUGUGUAUCUUUAUUAUAGUGCAGGAGGUAGGUCCUUUACAGGGCCCAAAGUAAACAGUCUCCUGGACUGUCUAGGGAUGGCAACAUUUCAAAGGUGUCCUGGGCCUAACCCUGGCCCUGACAUAUGUUCCUCAUAUAUCUGCAUGAGCCAAGAUAGAAACAAAGACACCAGAAGUCCUGCUCCAGAGUUUCCACAAGUAAAAGUAAUGUCUUGGAGCAAUCUUUGUCCAUUGAUCCUAAUGGGUGGUUUCCCAUCAUCAAGGUCCCCCUCUCCAUUUGGAAAUCUCACAAGGAGGUUUUGGCUGUUUAAAACCAGGAACCCCAGCCUCUGCCUGACAUUGAUGCUAGACAUUGCCUGGCAAAUCAAGACCUCAGAAGCUUAGGAUUCUUGAGAUGGAAGGCAAAUCAAGGCCCCAGAAGCUUAGGAUUCUUGAGAUGGAAGGCAAAUCAAGGCCCCAGAAGCUUAGGAUUCUUUAGGAGGAAAUCUCCCAAGGCCAGGCUAAAUGCUCUCAGACCUGAUUUUCAGUUCUCCUUGACCAUGUGUUGUCCUGCAGUCCUGGCUUACUAGUAUAGGAGACACAAGGAUUUGGAAACCCAGAUUGAGGUUUUUUUAUUCUUCAGAGCUGUUUCAUGCUCAAGUAGUUGUCUUUCAUUGGCUGUAAGGACCAGGCCCAUCUGAGCAGUGUGUUUAGACUUCAGAGGCACUUCUGUGACCAACACUGUGGGCUUGACCUGAUCUACCAUGACUGGAUUGGGUGCCAGUGGGCAAGACACUCGAUGAUGCCUCAAUAUAGCACCUUAGGACACGUACCUUUGGGCCAAAGACAACCACAGAAAGCCUUUAGGAAUUCUGUACUCUAACUCGAUCUCUCUUAAAAACCAUCACCCAAGCUUUGGUAUGAGAGCUAACAAAUAGGUAACUCAAGUUCUACAUGCCUGAAAGGAAACUUACCGUCUAUCCACAGCCCUGAAGCUCCAACCCAUGUUCCCAUCACUGUAAAAAAAAUUAUCAUUCACCCAAGGACCCAAACUAGAACCCUGGGUGUCAUCCCGUGAGCUGAGUGACCAGGGACAAGUUACUUAGCCUGUCUGUGUGUAGCUUCCUUAUUUGGAAAAUGGGGAUAAUAAUAUACUCGAAUUGUAGAGUUGUUGUGAGGAUUGGAUGAGAUAAAAUACAUAAAGCACUUAGAAUGGUGCCUGACAUAUUGUAAGUAUUAUAGGUGUUUUCUAGUAUUGUGUUUACUAUCCUUGUUUCCUCUCAGUUCAACCCCUAUAUUCAUAUUAAUGUUAAGG